AUGAAGCUAUCAAAGCCUCUUUAUAGGCUGAUACUUCUGUUAUAUCUCGUAAUCACGUCUCAUGCUUUAUCAAGUCGAGAAAGAUUAACAACUAUAUCCACUACGGCUUGGACAAAAGAUUAUACAACAACACAAUCCUUGAUAUCCCAUUGGAAAGGUGAUUAUAACGGUUCAAUAGGUAUCCAUUAUGUCACAUACUACUUAAUAUUCACACCUACUUUAAAGAAUGAUUUUUUCUUCCAAAGUUCAGAUGAUUCUACUUCAAAUACUUCUAAGGGAGGUAUCCAUUAUACUAAAACUACAAAGUAUCAACCUUGGACAGGAUCACGCAUCACCACAGUAACCAAGUUUCUAGAUAGUUAUUCUUCUAACAAUAAGGUUUAUAUUUUGACCUCAUAUAUUGUAAAUGUUCCCACAACCAAGAAGACAGGAACUUCAUUUACACAUGGAGGUGUAUCAGGAACAACUACACUUACCACAUCCGUAUCUUCAUAUAUAGGGGACAACAAAAUAAUGACUUUUACAACUCUAUUUGUUCUAGCAACCCCUCAUAGAGCACUCACUUCUACAACAACAAUCUACCAACAAGUUGGAGAGGAUCUAGCUCUAUAUACGGAAACUAAUUUAUUCACUGGAGAAAAUGGUUUAGAAUAUACUGAAUAUUUAGUUUAUUCUCUAAAGGUAAAACCAAACCUAAAACAAAAUAAAAUACAUGAAACAACUGUAACUACUACCUUAGAAUGGCCAGACGAUCCUCAAGACUCCAUCAAAAUAGAGAGAAGAGCUUUUGAUGAUACUUACAAAUUAAAUAAAAGAGAAUGGAACUGGAGCACAGUACCAACUGAUUUACCAAGCACUAUUAUAAUUCUUUCUACCGCCACAUUUGUAGUCUCAUAUACAGGAAGUAAUGCUGCAAGUUAUAUAGAGAAUACAGUUGUUGUUUACAGUAGAAGACAAACUACUACUACUAUUAGUAACACCUCUUAUUGGGUAGGUACUUAUACAACUACAACAAGAACCUUUGCUUAUUCUUAUAUAGGUUCAAACAAGAUAGUUACUACUGAAACUGUUUAUUGGGUGGACACACCUACCAGAACAAGCAUUUCAUCGUCCUAUACAUAUUGGACAGGUAGCAUUACAAGUACUAUAUCAACAAUUAUAACCACAUUUACUGGAAAAGACAACGAAGAAACAACAGAAACAAUAUAUAUCAUAGAAACUCCAACAAUAGCUAGUACAACUACAUCAUAUACAUACUGGACAGGAACAACAACAAAAACAGAAUCAACAAUAAUAAAAACCAUAACAGGAACUGAUGGUAACGAGACUACUGAAACUAUCUACAUUGUUGAAACUCCAAGUACUGGUUUCGAAACCACAUCCUACACUUACUGGACUGGUACUACAGCCAACACCUUGUCUACCAUCACCACCACUUUCACUGGUUCCGAUGGUAAUGAGACUACCGAAACCAUUUACAUUGUUGAAACUCCAAGUACUGGUUUCGAAACCACAUCCUACACUUACUGGACUGGUACUACAGCCAACACCUUGUCUACCAUCACCACCACUUUCACUGGUUCCGAUGGUAAUGAGACUACCGAAACCAUUUACAUUGUUGAAACUCCAAGUACUGGUUUCGAAACCACAUCCUACACUUACUGGACUGGUACUACAGCCAACACCUUGUCUACCAUCACCACCACUUUCACUGGUUCCGAUGGUAACGAGACUACUGAAACUAUCUACAUUGUUGAAACUCCAAGUACUGGUUUCGAAACCACAUCCUACACUUACUGGACUGGUACUACAGCCAACACCUUGUCUACCAUCACCACCACUUUCACUGGUUCCGAUGGUAAUGAGACUACCGAAACCAUCUACAUUGUUGAAACUCCAAGUACUGGUUUCGAAACCACAUCCUACACUUACUGGACUGGUACUACAGCCAACACCUUGUCUACCAUCACCACCACUUUCACUGGUUCCGAUGGUAAUGAGACUACCGAAACCAUCUACAUUGUUGAAACUCCAAGUACUGGUUUCGAAACCACAUCCUACACUUACUGGACUGGUACUACAGCCAACACCUUGUCUACCAUCACCACCACUUUCACUGGUUCCGAUGGUAAUGAGACUACCGAAACCAUUUACAUUGUUGAAACUCCAAGUACUGGUUUCGAAACCACAUCCUACACUUACUGGACUGGUACUACAGCCAACACCUUGUCUACCAUCACCACCACUUUCACUGGUUCCGAUGGUAAUGAGACUACCGAAACCAUUUACAUUGUUGAAACUCCAAGUACUGGUUUCGAAACCACAUCCUACACUUACUGGACUGGUACUACAGCCAACACCUUGUCUACCAUCACCACCACUUUCACUGGUUCCGAUGGUAACGAGACUACUGAAACUAUCUACAUUGUUGAAACUCCAAGUACUGGUUUCGAAACCACAUCCUACACUUACUGGACUGGUACUACAGCCAACACCUUGUCUACCAUCACCACCACUUUCACUGGUUCCGAUGGUAACGAAACUACCGAAACCAUCUACAUUGUUGAAACUCCAAGUACUGGUUUCGAAACCACAUCCUACACUUACUGGACUGGUACUACAGCCAACACCUUGUCUACCAUCACCACCACUUUCACUGGUUCCGAUGGUAAUGAGACUACCGAAACCAUUUACAUUGUUGAAACUCCAAGUACUGGUUUCGAAACCACAUCCUACACUUACUGGACUGGUACUACAGCCAACACCUUGUCUACCAUCACCACCACUUUCACUGGUUCCGAUGGUAACGAAACUACCGAAACCAUCUACAUUGUUGAAACUCCAAGUACUGGUUUCGAAACCACAUCCUACACUUACUGGACUGGUACUACAGCCAACACCUUGUCUACCAUCACCACCACUUUCACUGGUUCCGAUGGUAAUGAGACUACCGAAACCAUCUACAUUGUUGAAACUCCAAGUACUGGUUUCGAAACCACAUCCUACACUUACUGGACUGGUACUACAGCCAACACCUUGUCUACCAUCACCACCACUUUCACUGGUUCCGAUGGUAACGAAACUACCGAAACCAUCUACAUUGUUGAAACUCCAAGUACUGGUUUCGAAACCACAUCCUACACUUACUGGACUGGUACUACAGCCAACACCUUGUCUACCAUCACCACCACUUUCACUGGUUCCGAUGGUAACGAAACUACCGAAACCAUCUACAUUGUUGAAACUCCAAGUACUGGUUUCGAAACCACAUCCUACACUUACUGGACUGGUACUACAGCCAACACCUUGUCUACCAUCACCACCACUUUCACUGGUUCCGAUGGUAACGAAACUACCGAAACCAUCUACAUUGUUGAAACUCCAAGUACUGGUUUCGAAACCACAUCCUACACUUACUGGACUGGUACUACAGCCAACACCUUGUCUACCAUCACCACCACUUUCACUGGUUCCGAUGGCAUUGAGACUACCGAAACCAUCUACAUUGUUGAAACUCCAAGUACUGGUUUCGAAACCACAUCCUACACUUACUGGACUGGUACUACAGCCAACACCUUGUCUACCAUCACCACCACUUUCACUGGUUCCGAUGGUAACGAAACUACCGAAACCAUCUACAUUGUUGAAACUCCAAGUACUGGUUUCGAAACCACAUCCUACACUUACUGGACUGGUACUACAGCCAACACCUUGUCUACCAUCACCACCACUUUCACUGGUUCCGAUGGCAUUGAGACUACCGAAACCAUCUACAUUGUUGAAACUCCAAGUACUGGUUUCGAAACCACAUCCUACACUUACUGGACUGGUACUACAGCCAACACCUUGUCUACCAUCACCACCACUUUCACUGGUUCCGAUGGUAACGAAACUACCGAAACCAUCUACAUUGUUGAAACUCCAAGUACUGGUUUCGAAACCACAUCCUACACUUACUGGACUGGUACUACAGCCAACACCUUGUCUACCAUCACCACCACUUUCACUGGUUCCGAUGGUAAUGAGACUACCGAAACCAUCUACAUUGUUGAAACUCCAAGUACUGGUUUCGAAACCACAUCCUACACUUACUGGACUGGUACUACAGCCAACACCUUGUCUACCAUCACCACCACUUUCACUGGUUCCGAUGGUAACGAAACUACCGAAACCAUCUACAUUGUUGAAACUCCAAGUACUGGUUUCGAAACCACAUCCUACACUUACUGGACUGGUACUACAGCCAACACCUUGUCUACCAUCACCACCACUUUCACUGGUUCCGAUGGUAACGAAACUACCGAAACCAUCUACAUUGUUGAAACUCCAAGUACUGGUUUCGAAACCACAUCCUACACUUACUGGACUGGUACUACAGCCAACACCUUGUCUACCAUCACCACCACUUUCACUGGUUCCGAUGGCAUUGAGACUACCGAAACCAUCUACAUUGUUGAAACUCCAAGUACUGGUUUCGAAACCACAUCCUACACUUACUGGACUGGUACUACAGCCAACACCUUGUCUACCAUCACCACCACUUUCACUGGUUCCGAUGGUAACGAAACUACCGAAACCAUCUACAUUGUUGAAACUCCAAGUACUGGUUUCGAAACCACAUCCUACACUUACUGGACUGGUACUACAGCCAACACCUUGUCUACCAUCACCACCACUUUCACUGGUUCCGAUGGUAACGAAACUACCGAAACCAUCUACAUUGUUGAAACUCCAAGUACUGGUUUCGAAACCACAUCCUACACUUACUGGACUGGUACUACAGCCAACACCUUGUCUACCAUCACCACCACUUUCACUGGUUCCGAUGGUAACGAAACUACCGAAACCAUCUACAUUGUUGAAACUCCAAGUACUGGUUUCGAAACCACAUCCUACACUUACUGGACUGGUACUACAGCCAACACCUUGUCUACCAUCACCACCACUUUCACUGGUUCCGAUGGUAACGAAACUACCGAAACCAUCUACAUUGUUGAAACUCCAAGUACUGGUUUCGAAACCACAUCCUACACUUACUGGACUGGUACUACAGCCAACACCUUGUCUACCAUCACCACCACUUUCACUGGUUCCGAUGGUAAUGAGACUACCGAAACCAUCUACAUUGUUGAAACUCCAAGUACUGGUUUCGAAACCACAUCCUACACUUACUGGACUGGUACUACAGCCAACACCUUGUCUACCAUCACCACCACUUUCACUGGUUCCGAUGGUAAUGAGACUACCGAAACCAUCUACAUUGUUGAAACUCCAAGUACUGGUUUCGAAACCACAUCCUACACUUACUGGACUGGUACUACAGCCAACACCUUGUCUACCAUCACCACCACUUUCACUGGUUCCGAUGGUAACGAAACUACCGAAACCAUCUACAUUGUUGAAACUCCAAGUACUGGUUUCGAAACCACAUCCUACACUUACUGGACUGGUACUACAGCCAACACCUUGUCUACCAUCACCACCACUUUCACUGGUUCCGAUGGUAACGAAACUACCGAAACCAUCUACAUUGUUGAAACUCCAAGUACUGGUUUCGAAACCACAUCCUACACUUACUGGACUGGUACUACAGCCAACACCUUGUCUACCAUCACCACCACUUUCACUGGUUCCGAUGGUAAUGAGACUACCGAAACCAUCUACAUUGUUGAAACUCCAAGUACUGGUUUCGAAACCACAUCCUACACUUACUGGACUGGUACUACAGCCAACACCUUGUCUACCAUCACCACCACUUUCACUGGUUCCGAUGGUAACGAAACUACCGAAACCAUCUACAUUGUUGAAACUCCAUCUUUAAAUAUCACAAGUUCUACCACUGACGAAUUCUCGUUACCACCUCCAAUCACUACUACAGUUUCUAGCGGUAGCACCACUGAAACCGACGUGAUCUCCUACUUCCCAUCCACCGACUCUGACGGCCACAUUGUAACUGGUACCACCACUUACACUUUGACUGAAUCUCACAGUUCUACCACUGACGAAUUCUCGUUACCACCUCCAAUCACUACUACAGUUUCUAGCGGUAGCACCACUGAAACCGACGUGAUCUCCUACUUCCCAUCCACCGACUCUGACGGCCACAUUGUAACUGGUACCACCACAUACACUUUGACUGAAUCUCACAGUUCUACCACCGAUGAAUUCUCAUUACCACCUCCAAUCACUACUACAGUUUCUAGCGGUAGCACCACUGAAACCGACGUGAUCUCCUACUUCCCAUCCACCGACUCUGACGGCCACAUUGUAACUGGUACCACCACUUACACUUUGACUGAAUCUCACAGUUCUACCACUGACGAAUUCUCGUUACCACCUCCAAUCACUACUACAGUUUCUAGCGGUAGCACCACUGAAACCGACGUGAUCUCCUACUUCCCAUCCACCGACUCUGACGGCCACAUUGUAACUGGUACCACCACUUACACUUUGACUGAAUCUCACAGUUCUACCACCGAUGAAUUCUCGUUACCACCUCCAAUCACUACUACAGUUUCUAGCGGUAGCACCACUGAAACUGACGUGAUCUCCUACUUCCCAUCCACCGACUCUGACGGCCACAUUGUAACUGGUACCACCACUUACACUUUGACUGAAUCUCACAGUUCUACCACUGACGAAUUCUCGUUACCACCUCCAAUCACUACUACAGUUUCUAGCGGUAGCACCACUGAAACCGACGUGAUCUCCUACUUCCCAUCCACCGACUCUGACGGCCACAUUGUAACUGGUACCACCACUUACACUUUGACUGAAUCUCACAGUUCUACCACUGACGAAUUCUCGUUACCACCUCCAAUCACUACUACAGUUUCUAGCGGUAGCACCACUGAAACCGACGUGAUCUCCUACUUCCCAUCCACUGACUCUGACGGCCACAUUGUAACUGGUACCACCACUUACACUUUGACUGAAUCUCACAGUUCUACCACCGAUGAAUUCUCAUUACCACCUCCAAUCACUACUACAGUUUCUAGCGGUAGCACCACUGAAACUGACGUGAUCUCCUACUUCCCAUCCACCGACUCUGACGGCCACAUUGUAACUGGUACCACCACUUACACUUUGACUGAAUCUCACAGUUCUACCACUGACGAAUUCUCGUUACCACCUCCAAUCACUACUACAGUUUCUAGCGGUAGCACCACUGAAACCGACGUGAUCUCCUACUUCCCAUCCACUGACUCUGACGGCCACAUUGUAACUGGUACCACCACUUACACUUUGACUGAAUCUCACAGUUCUACCACCGAUGAAUUCUCAUUACCACCUCCAAUCACUACUACAGUUUCUAGCGGUAGCACCACUGAAACCGACGUGAUCUCCUACUUCCCAUCCACCGACUCUGACGGCCACAUUGUAACUGGUACCACCACUUACACUUUGACUGAAUCUCACAGUUCUACCACUGACGAAUUCUCGUUACCACCUCCAAUCACUACUACAGUGUCUAGCGGUAGCACCACUGAAACCGACGUGAUCUCCUACUUCCCAUCCACCGACUCUGACGGCCACAUUGUAACUGGUACCACCACUUACACUUUGACUGAAUCUCACAGUUCUACCACCGAUGAAUUCUCGUUACCACCUCCAAUCACUACUACAGUUUCUAGCGGUAGCACCACUGAAACCGACGUGAUCUCCUACUUCCCAUCCACCGACUCUGACGGCCACAUUGUAACUGGUACCACCACUUACACUUUGACUGAAUCUCACAGUUCUACCACUGACGAAUUCUCGUUACCACCUCCAAUCACUACUACAGUUUCUAGCGGUAGCACCACUGAAACCGACGUGAUCUCCUACUUCCCAUCCACCGACUCUGACGGCCACAUUGUAACUGGUACCACCACUUACACUUUGACUGAAUCUCACAGUUCUACCACUGACGAAUUCUCGUUACCACCUCCAAUCACUACUACAGUUUCUAGCGGUAGCACCACUGAAACCGACGUGAUCUCCUACUUCCCAUCCACCGACUCUGACGGCCACAUUGUAACUGGUACCACCACUUACACUUUGACUGAAUCUCACAGUUCUACCACCGAUGAAUUCUCGUUACCACCUCCAAUCACUACUACAGUUUCUAGCGGUAGCACCACUGAAACCGACGUGAUCUCCUACUUCCCAUCCACCGACUCUGACGGCCACAUUGUAACUGGUACCACCACUUACACUUUGACUGAAUCUCACAGUUCUACCACUGACGAAUUCUCGUUACCACCUCCAAUCACUACUACAGUUUCUAGCGGUAGCACCACUGAAACCGACGUGAUCUCCUACUUCCCAUCCACUGACUCUGACGGCCACAUUGUAACUGGUACCACCACUUACACUUUGACUGAAUCUCACAGUUCUACCACCGAUGAAUUCUCGUUACCACCUCCAAUCACUACUACAGUUUCUAGCGGUAGCACCACUGAAACCGACGUGAUCUCCUACUUCCCAUCCACCGACUCUGACGGCCACAUUGUAACUGGUACCACCACAUACACUUUGACUGAAUCUCACAGUUCUACCACCGAUGAAUUCUCGUUACCACCUCCAAUCACUACUACAGUUUCUAGCGGUAGCACCACUGAAACCGACGUGAUCUCCUACUUCCCAUCCACCGACUCUGACGGCCACAUUGUAACUGGUACCACCACUUACACUUUGACUGAAUCUCACAGUUCUACCACCGAUGAAUUCUCGUUACCACCUCCAAUCACUACUACAGUUUCUAGCGGUAGCACCACUGAAACCGACGUGAUCUCCUACUUCCCAUCCACUGACUCUGACGGCCACAUUGUAACUGGUACCACCACUUACACUUUGACUGAAUCUCACAGUUCUACCACUGACGAAUUCUCGUUACCACCUCCAAUCACUACUACAGUUUCUAGCGGUAGCACCACUGAAACCGACGUGAUCUCCUACUUCCCAUCCACUGACUCUGACGGCCACAUUGUAACUGGUACCACCACUUACACUUUGACUGAAUCUCACAGUUCUACCACCGAUGAAUUCUCAUUACCACCUCCAAUCACUACUACAGUUUCUAGCGGUAGCACCACUGAAACCGACGUGAUCUCCUACUUCCCAUCCACUGACUCUGACGGCCACAUUGUAACUGGUACCACCACUUACACUUUGACUGAAUCUCACAGUUCUACCACCGAUGAAUUCUCGUUACCACCUCCAAUCACUACUACAGUUUCUAGCGGUAGCACCACUGAAACCGACGUGAUCUCCUACUUCCCAUCCACCGACUCUGACGGCCACAUUGUAACUGGUACCACCACUUACACUUUGACUGAAUCUCACAGUUCUACCACUGACGAAUUCUCGUUACCACCUCCAAUCACUACUACAGUUUCUAGCGGUAGCACCACUGAAACCGACGUGAUCUCCUACUUCCCAUCCACUGACUCUGACGGCCACAUUGUAACUGGUACCACCACUUACACUUUGACUGAAUCUCACAGUUCUACCACUGACGAAUUCUCGUUACCACCUCCAAUCACUACUACAGUUUCUAGCGGUAGCACCACUGAAACUGACGUGAUCUCCUACUUCCCAUCCACCGACUCUGACGGCCACAUUGUAACUGGUACCACCACUUACACUUUGACUGAAUCUCACAGUUCUACCACCGAUGAAUUCUCAUUACCACCUCCAAUCACUACUACAGUUUCUAGCGGUAGCACCACUGAAACCGACGUGAUCUCCUACUUCCCAUCCACCGACUCUGACGGCCACAUUGUAACUGGUACCACCACUUACACUUUGACUGAAUCUCACAGUUCUACCACUGACGAAUUCUCGUUACCACCUCCAAUCACUACUACAGUUUCUAGCGGUAGCACCACUGAAACCGACGUGAUCUCCUACUUCCCAUCCACCGACUCUGACGGCCACAUUGUAACUGGUACCACCACUUACACUUUGACUGAAUCUCACAGUUCUACCACUGACGAAUUCUCGUUACCACCUCCAAUCACUACUACAGUUUCUAGCGGUAGCACCACUGAAACCGACGUGAUCUCCUACUUCCCAUCCACCGACUCUGACGGCCACAUUGUAACUGGUACCACCACUUACACUUUGACUGAAUCUCACAGUUCUACCACCGAUGAAUUCUCAUUACCACCUCCAAUCACUACUACAGUUUCUAGCGGUAGCACCACUGAAACCGACGUGAUCUCCUACUUCCCAUCCACCGACUCUGACGGCCACAUUGUAACUGGUACCACCACUUACACUUUGACUGAAUCUCACAGUUCUACCACCGAUGAAUUCUCGUUACCACCUCCAAUCACUACUACAGUUUCUAGCGGUAGCACCACUGAAACCGACGUGAUCUCCUACUUCCCAUCCACUGACUCUGACGGCCACAUUGUAACUGGUACCACCACUUACACUUUGACUGAAUCUCACAGUUCUACCACCGAUGAAUUCUCGUUACCACCUCCAAUCACUACUACAGUUUCUAGCGGUAGCACCACUGAAACCGACGUGAUCUCCUACUUCCCAUCCACCGACUCUGACGGCCACAUUGUAACUGGUACCACCACUUACACUUUGACUGAAUCUCACAGUUCUACCACUGACGAAUUCUCGUUACCACCUCCAAUCACUACUACAGUUUCUAGCGGUAGCACCACUGAAACCGACGUGAUCUCCUACUUCCCAUCCACCGACUCUGACGGCCACAUUGUAACUGGUACCACCACUUACACUUUGACUGAAUCUCACAGUUCUACCACCGAUGAAUUCUCGUUACCACCUCCAAUCACUACUACAGUUUCUAGCGGUAGCACCACUGAAACCGACGUGAUCUCCUACUUCCCAUCCACCGACUCUGACGGCCACAUUGUAACUGGUACCACCACUUACACUUUGACUGAAUCUCACAGUUCUACCACUGACGAAUUCUCGUUACCACCUCCAAUCACUACUACAGUUUCUAGCGGUAGCACCACUGAAACCGACGUGAUCUCCUACUUCCCAUCCACUGACUCUGACGGCCACAUUGUAACUGGUACCACCACUUACACUUUGACUGAAUCAUUGUUUAUAUCAUUGAGUUCCGUUACAUCAGCUGUUGAUAUUGUUUCUGACUGUUCUAGUUUUAUUAGUAUAUCAAGUCAUACAUAUGGUGUUAAUUCCGAUAAAGAUCCAACAAUAAAAUUUUCUUCUAGUGUAGAUUCAACUAAUCAAAUUUAUAGUUCUACCACUGACGAAUUCUCGUUACCACCUCCAAUCACUACUACAGUUUCUAGCGGUAGCACCACUGAAACCGACGUGAUCUCCUACUUCCCAUCCACUGACUCUGACGGCCACAUUGUAACUGGUACCACCACUUACACUUUGACUGAAUCUCACAGUUCUACCACCGAUGAAUUCUCGUUACCACCUCCAAUCACUACUACAGUUUCUAGCGGUAGCACCACUGAAACCGACGUGAUCUCCUACUUCCCAUCCACCGACUCUGACGGCCACAUUGUAACUGGUACCACCACUUACACUUUGACUGAAUCUCACAGUUCUACCACCGAUGAAUUCUCGUUACCACCUCCAAUCACUACUACAGUUUCUAGCGGUAGCACCACUGAAACCGACGUGAUCUCCUACUUCCCAUCCACCGACUCUGACGGCCACAUUGUAACUGGUACCACCACUUACACUUUGACUGAAUCUCACAGUUCUACCACCGAUGAAUUCUCAUUACCACCUCCAAUCACUACUACAGUUUCUAGCGGUAGCACCACUGAAACCGACGUGAUCUCCUACUUCCCAUCCACUGACUCUGACGGCCACAUUGUAACUGGUACCACCACUUACACUUUGACUGAAUCUCACAGUUCUACCACUGACGAAUUCUCGUUACCACCUCCAAUCACUACUACAGUUUCUAGCGGUAGCACCACUGAAACCGACGUGAUCUCCUACUUCCCAUCCACCGACUCUGACGGCCACAUUGUAACUGGUACCACCACUUACACUUUGACUGAAUCUCACAGUUCUACCACCGAUGAAUUCUCGUUACCACCUCCAAUCACUACUACAGUUUCUAGCGGUAGCACCACUGAAACCGACGUGAUCUCCUACUUCCCAUCUACCGACUCUGACGGCCACAUUGUAACUGGUACCACCACAUACACUUUGACUGAAUCUCACAGUUCUACCACCGAUGAAUUCUCGUUACCACCUCCAAUCACUACUACAGUUUCUAGCGGUAGCACCACUGAAACCGACGUGAUCUCCUACUUCCCAUCCACCGACUCUGACGGCCACAUUGUAACUGGUACCACCACUUACACUUUGACUGAAUCUCACAGUUCUACCACCGAUGAAUUCUCGUUACCACCUCCAAUCACUACUACAGUUUCUAGCGGUAGCACCACUGAAACCGACGUGAUCUCCUACUUCCCAUCCACCGACUCUGACGGCCACAUUGUAACUGGUACCACCACUUACACUUUGACUGAAUCUCACAGUUCUACCACUGACGAAUUCUCGUUACCACCUCCAAUCACUACUACAGUUUCUAGCGGUAGCACCACUGAAACCGACGUGAUCUCCUACUUCCCAUCCACCGACUCUGACGGCCACAUUGUAACUGGUACCACCACUUACACUUUGACUGAAUCUCACAGUUCUACCACCGAUGAAUUCUCAUUACCACCUCCAAUCACUACUACAGUUUCUAGCGGUAGCACCACUGAAACCGACGUGAUCUCCUACUUCCCAUCCACCGACUCUGACGGCCACAUUGUAACUGGUACCACCACUUACACUUUGACUGAAUCUCACAGUUCUACCACCGAUGAAUUCUCGUUACCACCUCCAAUCACUACUACAGUUUCUAGCGGUAGCACCACUGAAACCGACGUGAUCUCCUACUUCCCAUCCACCGACUCUGACGGCCACAUUGUAACUGGUACCACCACUUACACUUUGACUGAAUCUCACAGUUCUACCACUGACGAAUUCUCGUUACCACCUCCAAUCACUACUACAGUUUCUAGCGGUAGCACCACUGAAACCGACGUGAUCUCCUACUUCCCAUCCACUGACUCUGACGGCCACAUUGUAACUGGUACCACCACUUACACUUUGACUGAAUCUCACAGUUCUACCACCGAUGAAUUCUCGUUACCACCUCCAAUCACUACUACAGUUUCUAGCGGUAGCACCACUGAAACCGACGUGAUCUCCUACUUCCCAUCCACUGACUCUGACGGCCACAUUGUAACUGGUACCACCACUUACACUUUGACUGAAUCUCACAGUUCUACCACCGAUGAAUUCUCGUUACCACCUCCAAUCACUACUACAGUUUCUAGCGGUAGCACCACUGAAACCGACGUGAUCUCCUACUUCCCAUCCACCGACUCUGACGGCCACAUUGUAACUGGUACCACCACUUACACUUUGACUGAAUCUCACAGUUCUACCACCGAUGAAUUCUCGUUACCACCUCCAAUCACUACUACAGUUUCUAGCGGUAGCACCACUGAAACCGACGUGAUCUCCUACUUCCCAUCCACCGACUCUGACGGCCACAUUGUAACUGGUACCACCACUUACACUUUGACUGAAUCUCACAGUUCUACCACCGAUGAAUUCUCAUUACCACCUCCAAUCACUACUACAGUUUCUAGCGGUAGCACCACUGAAACCGACGUGAUCUCCUACUUCCCAUCCACCGACUCUGACGGCCACAUUGUAACUGGUACCACCACUUACACUUUGACUGAAUCUCACAGUUCUACCACUGACGAAUUCUCGUUACCACCUCCAAUCACUACUACAGUUUCUAGCGGUAGCACCACUGAAACCGACGUGAUCUCCUACUUCCCAUCCACCGACUCUGACGGCCACAUUGUAACUGGUACCACCACUUACACUUUGACUGAAUCUCACAGUUCUACCACCGAUGAAUUCUCGUUACCACCUCCAAUCACUACUACAGUUUCUAGCGGUAGCACCACUGAAACCGACGUGAUCUCCUACUUCCCAUCUACCGACUCUGACGGCCACAUUGUAACUGGUACCACCACAUACACUUUGACUGAAUCUCACAGUUCUACCACCGAUGAAUUCUCGUUACCACCUCCAAUCACUACUACAGUUUCUAGCGGUAGCACCACUGAAACCGACGUGAUCUCCUACUUCCCAUCCACCGACUCUGACGGCCACAUUGUAACUGGUACCACCACUUACACUUUGACUGAAUCUCACAGUUCUACCACCGAUGAAUUCUCGUUACCACCUCCAAUCACUACUACAGUUUCUAGCGGUAGCACCACUGAAACCGACGUGAUCUCCUACUUCCCAUCCACCGACUCUGACGGCCACAUUGUAACUGGUACCACCACUUACACUUUGACUGAAUCUCACAGUUCUACCACUGACGAAUUCUCGUUACCACCUCCAAUCACUACUACAGUUUCUAGCGGUAGCACCACUGAAACCGACGUGAUCUCCUACUUCCCAUCCACCGACUCUGACGGCCACAUUGUAACUGGUACCACCACAUACACUUUGACUGAAUCUCACAGUUCUACCACCGAUGAAUUCUCAUUACCACCUCCAAUCACUACUACAGUUUCUAGCGGUAGCACCACUGAAACCGACGUGAUCUCCUACUUCCCAUCCACUGACUCUGACGGCCACAUUGUAACUGGUACCACCACUUACACUUUGACUGAAUCUCACAGUUCUACCACCGAUGAAUUCUCGUUACCACCUCCAAUCACUACUACAGUUUCUAGCGGUAGCACCACUGAAACCGACGUGAUCUCCUACUUCCCAUCCACCGACUCUGACGGCCACAUUGUAACUGGUACCACCACUUACACUUUGACUGAAUCUCACAGUUCUACCACCGAUGAAUUCUCGUUACCACCUCCAAUCACUACUACAGUUUCUAGCGGUAGCACCACUGAAACCGACGUGAUCUCCUACUUCCCAUCCACCGACUCUGACGGCCACAUUGUAACUGGUACCACCACUUACACUUUGACUGAAUCUCACAGUUCUACCACUGACGAAUUCUCGUUACCACCUCCAAUCACUACUACAGUUUCUAGCGGUAGCACCACUGAAACCGACGUGAUCUCCUACUUCCCAUCCACCGACUCUGACGGCCACAUUGUAACUGGUACCACCACUUACACUUUGACUGAAUCUCACAGUUCUACCACCGAUGAAUUCUCGUUACCACCUCCAAUCACUACUACAGUUUCUAGCGGUAGCACCACUGAAACCGACGUGAUCUCCUACUUCCCAUCCACCGACUCUGACGGCCACAUUGUAACUGGUACCACCACUUACACUUUGACUGAAUCUCACAGUUCUACCACUGACGAAUUCUCGUUACCACCUCCAAUCACUACUACAGUUUCUAGCGGUAGCACCACUGAAACCGACGUGAUCUCCUACUUCCCAUCCACCGACUCUGACGGCCACAUUGUAACUGGUACCACCACUUACACUUUGACUGAAUCUCACAGUUCUACCACCGAUGAAUUCUCAUUACCACCUCCAAUCACUACUACAGUUUCUAGCGGUAGCACCACUGAAACCGACGUGAUCUCCUACUUCCCAUCCACCGACUCUGACGGCCACAUUGUAACUGGUACCACCACUUACACUUUGACUGAAUCUCACAGUUCUACCACUGACGAAUUCUCGUUACCACCUCCAAUCACUACUACAGUUUCUAGCGGUAGCACCACUGAAACCGACGUGAUCUCCUACUUCCCAUCCACUGACUCUGACGGCCACAUUGUAACUGGUACCACCACUUACACUUUGACUGAAUCUCACAGUUCUACCACUGACGAAUUCUCGUUACCACCUCCAAUCACUACUACAGUUUCUAGCGGUAGCACCACUGAAACCGACGUGAUCUCCUACUUCCCAUCCACUGACUCUGACGGCCACAUUGUAACUGGUACCACCACUUACACUUUGACUGAAUCUCACAGUUCUACCACCGAUGAAUUCUCAUUACCACCUCCAAUCACUACUACAGUUUCUAGCGGUAGCACCACUGAAACCGACGUGAUCUCCUACUUCCCAUCCACCGACUCUGACGGCCACAUUGUAACUGGUACCACCACUUACACUUUGACUGAAUCUCACAGUUCUACCACCGAUGAAUUCUCAUUACCACCUCCAAUCACUACUACAGUUUCUAGCGGUAGCACCACUGAAACUGACGUGAUCUCCUACUUCCCAUCCACCGACUCUGACGGCCACAUUGUAACUGGUACCACCACUUACACUUUGACUGAAUCUCACAGUUCUACCACUGACGAAUUCUCGUUACCACCUCCAAUCACUACUACAGUUUCUAGCGGUAGCACCACUGAAACCGACGUGAUCUCCUACUUCCCAUCCACCGACUCUGACGGCCACAUUGUAACUGGUACCACCACUUACACUUUGACUGAAUCUCACAGUUCUACCACCGAUGAAUUCUCAUUACCACCUCCAAUCACUACUACAGUUUCUAGCGGUAGCACCACUGAAACCGACGUGAUCUCCUACUUCCCAUCCACUGACUCUGACGGCCACAUUGUAACUGGUACCACCACUUACACUUUGACUGAAUCUCACAGUUCUACCACCGAUGAAUUCUCAUUACCACCUCCAAUCACUACUACAGUUUCUAGCGGUAGCACCACUGAAACUGACGUGAUCUCCUACUUCCCAUCCACCGACUCUGACGGCCACAUUGUAACUGGUACCACCACUUACACUUUGACUGAAUCUCACAGUUCUACCACUGACGAAUUCUCGUUACCACCUCCAAUCACUACUACAGUUUCUAGCGGUAGCACCACUGAAACCGACGUGAUCUCCUACUUCCCAUCCACUGACUCUGACGGCCACAUUGUAACUGGUACCACCACAUACACUUUGACUGAAUCUCACAGUUCUACCACCGAUGAAUUCUCGUUACCACCUCCAAUCACUACUACAGUUUCUAGCGGUAGCACCACUGAAACCGACGUGAUCUCCUACUUCCCAUCCACCGACUCUGACGGCCACAUUGUAACUGGUACCACCACUUACACUUUGACUGAAUCUCACAGUUCUACCACCGAUGAAUUCUCGUUACCACCUCCAAUCACUACUACAGUUUCUAGCGGUAGCACCACUGAAACCGACGUGAUCUCCUACUUCCCAUCCACCGACUCUGACGGCCACAUUGUAACUGGUACCACCACAUACACUUUGACUGAAUCUCACAGUUCUACCACCGAUGAAUUCUCGUUACCACCUCCAAUCACUACUACAGUUUCUAGCGGUAGCACCACUGAAACCGACGUGAUCUCCUACUUCCCAUCCACCGACUCUGACGGCCACAUUGUAACUGGUACCACCACUUACACUUUGACUGAAUCUCACAGUUCUACCACCGAUGAAUUCUCAUUACCACCUCCAAUCACUACUACAGUUUCUAGCGGUAGCACCACUGAAACCGACGUGAUCUCCUACUUCCCAUCCACCGACUCUGACGGCCACAUUGUAACUGGUACCACCACUUACACUUUGACUGAAUCUCACAGUUCUACCACUGACGAAUUCUCGUUACCACCUCCAAUCACUACUACAGUUUCUAGCGGUAGCACCACUGAAACCGACGUGAUCUCCUACUUCCCAUCCACUGACUCUGACGGCCACAUUGUAACUGGUACCACCACUUACACUUUGACUGAAUCUCACAGUUCUACCACCGAUGAAUUCUCGUUACCACCUCCAAUCACUACUACAGUUUCUAGCGGUAGCACCACUGAAACCGACGUGAUCUCCUACUUCCCAUCCACCGACUCUGACGGCCACAUUGUAACUGGUACCACCACUUACACUUUGACUGAAUCUCACAGUUCUACCACCGAUGAAUUCUCAUUACCACCUCCAAUCACUACUACAGUUUCUAGCGGUAGCACCACUGAAACCGACGUGAUCUCCUACUUCCCAUCCACCGACUCUGACGGCCACAUUGUAACUGGUACCACCACUUACACUUUGACUGAAUCUCACAGUUCUACCACUGACGAAUUCUCGUUACCACCUCCAAUCACUACUACAGUUUCUAGCGGUAGCACCACUGAAACCGACGUGAUCUCCUACUUCCCAUCCACUGACUCUGACGGCCACAUUGUAACUGGUACCACCACUUACACUUUGACUGAAUCUCACAGUUCUACCACCGAUGAAUUCUCGUUACCACCUCCAAUCACUACUACAGUUUCUAGCGGUAGCACCACUGAAACCGACGUGAUCUCCUACUUCCCAUCCACCGACUCUGACGGCCACAUUGUAACUGGUACCACCACUUACACUUUGACUGAAUCUCACAGUUCUACCACCGAUGAAUUCUCGUUACCACCUCCAAUCACUACUACAGUUUCUAGCGGUAGCACCACUGAAACCGACGUGAUCUCCUACUUCCCAUCCACCGACUCUGACGGCCACAUUGUAACUGGUACCACCACUUACACUUUGACUGAAUCUCACAGUUCUACCACCGAUGAAUUCUCAUUACCACCUCCAAUCACUACUACAGUUUCUAGCGGUAGCACCACUGAAACCGACGUGAUCUCCUACUUCCCAUCCACUGACUCUGACGGCCACAUUGUAACUGGUACCACCACUUACACUUUGACUGAAUCUCACAGUUCUACCACUGACGAAUUCUCGUUACCACCUCCAAUCACUACUACAGUUUCUAGCGGUAGCACCACUGAAACCGACGUGAUCUCCUACUUCCCAUCCACCGACUCUGACGGCCACAUUGUAACUGGUACCACCACUUACACUUUGACUGAAUCUCACAGUUCUACCACCGAUGAAUUCUCAUUACCACCUCCAAUCACUACUACAGUUUCUAGCGGUAGCACCACUGAAACCGACGUGAUCUCCUACUUCCCAUCCACCGACUCUGACGGCCACAUUGUAACUGGUACCACCACAUACACUUUGACUGAAUCUCACAGUUCUACCACCGAUGAAUUCUCGUUACCACCUCCAAUCACUACUACAGUUUCUAGCGGUAGCACCACUGAAACCGACGUGAUCUCCUACUUCCCAUCCACCGACUCUGACGGCCACAUUGUAACUGGUACCACCACUUACACUUUGACUGAAUCUCACAGUUCUACCACCGAUGAAUUCUCAUUACCACCUCCAAUCACUACUACAGUUUCUAGCGGUAGCACCACUGAAACCGACGUGAUCUCCUACUUCCCAUCCACUGACUCUGACGGCCACAUUGUAACUGGUACCACCACUUACACUUUGACUGAAUCUCACAGUUCUACCACUGACGAAUUCUCGUUACCACCUCCAAUCACUACUACAGUUUCUAGCGGUAGCACCACUGAAACCGACGUGAUCUCCUACUUCCCAUCCACUGACUCUGACGGCCACAUUGUAACUGGUACCACCACUUACACUUUGACUGAAUCUCACAGUUCUACCACCGAUGAAUUCUCGUUACCACCUCCAAUCACUACUACAGUUUCUAGCGGUAGCACCACUGAAACCGACGUGAUCUCCUACUUCCCAUCCACCGACUCUGACGGCCACAUUGUAACUGGUACCACCACUUACACUUUGACUGAAUCUCACAGUUCUACCACCGAUGAAUUCUCGUUACCACCUCCAAUCACUACUACAGUUUCUAGCGGUAGCACCACUGAAACUGACGUGAUCUCCUACUUCCCAUCCACCGACUCUGACGGCCACAUUGUAACUGGUACCACCACUUACACUUUGACUGAAUCUCACAGUUCUACCACUGACGAAUUCUCGUUACCACCUCCAAUCACUACUACAGUUUCUAGCGGUAGCACCACUGAAACCGACGUGAUCUCCUACUUCCCAUCCACUGACUCUGACGGCCACAUUGUAACUGGUACCACCACUUACACUUUGACUGAAUCUCACAGUUCUACCACCGAUGAAUUCUCAUUACCACCUCCAAUCACUACUACAGUUUCUAGCGGUAGCACCACUGAAACUGACGUGAUCUCCUACUUCCCAUCCACCGACUCUGACGGCCACAUUGUAACUGGUACCACCACUUACACUUUGACUGAAUCUCACAGUUCUACCACUGACGAAUUCUCGUUACCACCUCCAAUCACUACUACAGUUUCUAGCGGUAGCACCACUGAAACCGACGUGAUCUCCUACUUCCCAUCCACCGACUCUGACGGCCACAUUGUAACUGGUACCACCACUUACACUUUGACUGAAUCUCACAGUUCUACCACCGAUGAAUUCUCAUUACCACCUCCAAUCACUACUACAGUUUCUAGCGGUAGCACCACUGAAACCGACGUGAUCUCCUACUUCCCAUCCACUGACUCUGACGGCCACAUUGUAACUGGUACCACCACUUACACUUUGACUGAAUCUCACAGUUCUACCACCGAUGAAUUCUCAUUACCACCUCCAAUCACUACUACAGUUUCUAGCGGUAGCACCACUGAAACCGACGUGAUCUCCUACUUCCCAUCCACCGACUCUGACGGCCACAUUGUAACUGGUACCACCACUUACACUUUGACUGAAUCUCACAGUUCUACCACUGACGAAUUCUCGUUACCACCUCCAAUCACUACUACAGUUUCUAGCGGUAGCACCACUGAAACCGACGUGAUCUCCUACUUCCCAUCCACUGACUCUGACGGCCACAUUGUAACUGGUACCACCACUUACACUUUGACUGAAUCUCACAGUUCUACCACCGAUGAAUUCUCAUUACCACCUCCAAUCACUACUACAGUUUCUAGCGGUAGCACCACUGAAACCGACGUGAUCUCCUACUUCCCAUCCACUGACUCUGACGGCCACAUUGUAACUGGUACCACCACUUACACUUUGACUGAAUCUCACAGUUCUACCACCGAUGAAUUCUCAUUACCACCUCCAAUCACUACUACAGUUUCUAGCGGUAGCACCACUGAAACCGACGUGAUCUCCUACUUCCCAUCCACCGACUCUGACGGCCACAUUGUAACUGGUACCACCACUUACACUUUGACUGAAUCUCACAGUUCUACCACUGACGAAUUCUCGUUACCACCUCCAAUCACUACUACAGUGUCUAGCGGUAGCACCACUGAAACCGACGUGAUCUCCUACUUCCCAUCCACCGACUCUGACGGCCACAUUGUAACUGGUACCACCACUUACACUUUGACUGAAUCUCACAGUUCUACCACCGAUGAAUUCUCGUUACCACCUCCAAUCACUACUACAGUUUCUAGCGGUAGCACCACUGAAACCGACGUGAUCUCCUACUUCCCAUCCACCGACUCUGACGGCCACAUUGUAACUGGUACCACCACUUACACUUUGACUGAAUCUCACAGUUCUACCACCGAUGAAUUCUCAUUACCACCUCCAAUCACUACUACAGUUUCUAGCGGUAGCACCACUGAAACCGACGUGAUCUCCUACUUCCCAUCCACUGACUCUGACGGCCACAUUGUAACUGGUACCACCACUUACACUUUGACUGAAUCUCACAGUUCUACCACCGAUGAAUUCUCAUUACCACCUCCAAUCACUACUACAGUUUCUAGCGGUAGCACCACUGAAACUGACGUGAUCUCCUACUUCCCAUCCACCGACUCUGACGGCCACAUUGUAACUGGUACCACCACUUACACUUUGACUGAAUCUCACAGUUCUACCACCGAUGAAUUCUCGUUACCACCUCCAAUCACUACUACAGUUUCUAGCGGUAGCACCACUGAAACCGACGUGAUCUCCUACUUCCCAUCCACCGACUCUGACGGCCACAUUGUAACUGGUACCACCACUUACACUUUGACUGAAUCUCACAGUUCUACCACUGACGAAUUCUCGUUACCACCUCCAAUCACUACUACAGUUUCUAGCGGUAGCACCACUGAAACCGACGUGAUCUCCUACUUCCCAUCCACCGACUCUGACGGCCACAUUGUAACUGGUACCACCACUUACACUUUGACUGAAUCUCACAGUUCUACCACCGAUGAAUUCUCAUUACCACCUCCAAUCACUACUACAGUUUCUAGCGGUAGCACCACUGAAACUGACGUGAUCUCCUACUUCCCAUCCACCGACUCUGACGGCCACAUUGUAACUGGUACCACCACUUACACUUUGACUGAAUCUCACAGUUCUACCACUGACGAAUUCUCGUUACCACCUCCAAUCACUACUACAGUUUCUAGCGGUAGCACCACUGAAACCGACGUGAUCUCCUACUUCCCAUCCACUGACUCUGACGGCCACAUUGUAACUGGUACCACCACUUACACUUUGACUGAAUCUCACAGUUCUACCACCGAUGAAUUCUCAUUACCACCUCCAAUCACUACUACAGUUUCUAGCGGUAGCACCACUGAAACCGACGUGAUCUCCUACUUCCCAUCCACCGACUCUGACGGCCACAUUGUAACUGGUACCACCACUUACACUUUGACUGAAUCUCACAGUUCUACCACCGAUGAAUUCUCGUUACCACCUCCAAUCACUACUACAGUGUCUAGCGGUAGCACCACUGAAACCGACGUGAUCUCCUACUUCCCAUCCACUGACUCUGACGGCCACAUUGUAACUGGUACCACCACUUACACUUUGACUGAAUCUUACAGUUCUAGUACUUUUGAUGAUGUUUCGGAUAUAGGAUCUGUGUUUUCGUCUUUGAUAUCUUCUAAUACUGAGGUUUUCACUGUUAGUAGUUUUGACGUUGUUUCAUCAAGUAUUGUUUACCCAUCUUUGCCUUUCUAUGGAAAUAGUUCAUUUAUUAGUACUAUUGUAACAAGUGGAUUUGAAAUUGAAUCUAGUUGUUUGACUUGUAAUGAGCUUACUUCGACAGAUGAUGUCUUAUCUGUUUGCUUAACCUGUAUUGACCAUUCCUCGUCUAUUGAUAUUUCUCAGCAGAAUACUGGCGAAGGUUUUACAACAGUUAGUAAAUCAGACGGUAAUACAGUUACUAUAAUUACAACCGUUUCUUCUGAAACAUCUCUACAGACAACACCUGUUGCUACCAGUUCUGAAACCUCAGUAAUUACAGUUACUGAUUCCGAAGGUAACAUUGUCACUAUAACUACAACUGUUCCAUGUGAAACAUCUCAACACACAACACCUGUUGCUACCAGUUCUGAAACCUCAGUAAUUACAGUUACUGAUUCCGAAGGUAACAUUGUCACUAUAACUACAACUGUUCCAUGUGAAACAUCUCAACACACAACACCUGUUGCUACCAGUUCUGAAACCUCAGUAAUUACAGUUACUGAUUCCGAAGGUAACAUUGUCACUAUAACUACAACUGUUCCAUGUGAAACAUCUCAACACACAACACCUGUUGCUACCAGUUCUGAAACCUCAGUAAUUACAGUUACUGAUUCCGAAGGUAACAUUGUCACUAUAACUACAACUGUUCCAUGUGAAACAUCUCAACACACAACACCUGUUGCUACCAGUUCUGAAACCUCAGUAAUUACAGUUACUGAUUCCGAAGGUAACAUUGUCACUAUAACUACAACUGUUCCAUGUGAAACAUCUCAACACACAACACCUGUUGCUACCAGUUCUGAAACCUCAGUAAUUACAGUUACUGAUUCCGAAGGUAACAUUGUCACUAUAACUACAACUGUUCCAUGUGAAACAUCUCAACACACAACACCUGUUGUUACCAGUACUGAAUUGACUUCAAUUUCGAGUUCAAGAUCGGCUACAAAUAGCUCAGUAAAUUUUGAAAAGUCAAGUUCAGUUAUAGAUGUGGAAUCUCCUAUAUCUUCUACUAAAUCUUCUUCAUCAUCCUUUUCAAAUGAAGUUACUAGAUCAACAAUUUCAUUGACUUCAGAAUUUGAAGGUUCUGCAAAUGUAAGACAUGCAAAUUACGGUCUGUUUACCAUAUUUAGUAUGCUAAUAUUAGCAGUCUUCUGA